AUGCUUCAGCAGCAACAGCAACAGAUUGCUGCCACACACCAGCAGUAUGUGAACAUGGGGAUGAUCCAACAGCCGCUCCAAGGCAUGCCAGGAUAUUCACCCGUUCAAGGCCAAAACAACAUGGCCAACGUCUCCCCCAACCAGAACUUUCAGUUCCCCCAAAUGCAACAACAGGGCAUGGGCAUGCCUAUGAAUGCUCCGACCCAACCUGCCUCGCACCGCCGAAACCAGUCCGCCGUCCCCGGUGGGCCGAUGGGACCUCCACCUGCACCCUCGGCAGGCACAUCUGGCUCUCAAUAUGCCGAAGCGAAUCAGCAGGCUAUGGGUCAAAACCGUGAGAACUCUGGGGCUGGAAGAGGUCGCGGCGCUCCCGCAGGCGGAGGUCACGCUCGCCGCCACUCCCUUGCUCUACCCGAGGCAAAGAAGGCUGCUGAGCUCGCCGAGAAGAAGAGAACCACGGCGGGAUUUCAGUUUCCUGUACCCGGAAGUGAUAGUGCCGUCGACAGUCCAGCGACUAUGACUCCUUCGGACAACAACCUUUCCUCGUCCACUCCCACUUCAGGUGGUCUUGGCCUGCAACGCGCAGGUAACGCUCGCGUGACGGGCCAUGGCCGGAGCCAGAGCAUGGCCGCUGGUCGCGGCGGUGGCGGUGCUGGUCGGGGCCAGAGCAACUUCCAGUUUCCACCGCCCAUGGCUACCAGCGACGGUGGAAGCGGUACCAACGACGGAGGCAUUCAACGUCGUGGCAGUCAGAGCGGCCACGCUCGCCAAGGAUCUCGCAACUUCGAGGGCAAUUGGCGCCAGCAGAACAAUCAACAACAAGAUCAGCAACAGCAACAGCAGCCGAUGGGCCAAUUUGCCCAGCAGCCUCAGCAGGGUGGAUUCCAGCCAGGCCAUCGUGGGCGCGGCUCGAUGAACCAGUCCAUGGGAUCCAUUGGAGGCUUCCAGUAUCCUGGCCAACCCGGCAUGAUGCAGAUGCCUCAGGGCCAGAUGAUGAUGCCUCAGAUGUUCGGGGGCCAGCAGCUCAACGCUCUCCAAAUGGCCCAGCUACAAGCUAUGCAAAACGCCGGUCUGCAAGGCAUGCCUGGUGGUGCCAACCCUCAGCUCGGCCUCCAACAGCAGCAACAAAGGAAGACUCUGUUCACUCCUUACCUGCCGCAGGCUACUUUGCCUGCGCUGCUGAAUGAUGGCCAGCUCGUCGCAGGUAUUCUGCGUGUCAAUAAGAAGAACCGAUCGGAUGCGUAUGUUACUACCAACGAUCUCGAUGCGGAUAUCUUUAUUUGCGGUAGCAAGGAUCGGAAUCGUGCCCUCGAAGGUGAUCUGGUUGCUAUCGAGCUCCUCGAUGUUGAUGAGGUCUGGAGCCAGAAGCGCGAAAAGGAGGAGAAGAAGAAGCGCAAGGACAUCACCGAGACACGUCACGGUGGCUCCGAGCGUGGUGGCAAGAAUGACAACUCGGCCGUCGAGACUCCAUCCAUAGCGCCUGACGGUAGCAUUCGCCGCCGUGGCUCCCUGCGACAGCGACCUACGCAGAAGAAGAAUGACGACGUUGAGGUUGAAGGCCAGAGCCUUCUUCUCAUGGAGGAGGAAGAAAUCAGCGAUGACCACAAGCCGCUUUAUGCCGGCCAUGUUGUCGCAGUCAUCGAACGUGUUGCCGGACAGAUGUUCUCUGGCACUCUUGGCCUUCUCCGCCCAAGCAGCCAGGCUACCAAGGAGAAGCAAGAGGCUGAGCGCGGUGGCAGAGAUGGUGGUCACCACGGCCGCAGCCAAUCUGAGCGACAGCAGGACAAACCCAAGAUCGUGUGGUUCAAGCCUACCGACAAGCGCGUACCUCUUAUCGCCAUCCCAACCGAGCAGGCUCCCCGCGACUUCGUCGACAAGCAUCAGGACUACGCCAACCGCAUCUUCGUGGCCUGCAUCAAACGGUGGCCUAUCACGUCACUGCAUCCCUUCGGUACCCUUGUUGAGCAGCUCGGUGAAAUGGGCGAUCUGCGUGUGGAGACGGACGCGUUGCUGCGUGACAACAACUUCGCGUCAGAUGAAUUCUCGGAAGCCGUGACCAAGAGUGUUGGCUGGGACGACUGGUCUCUUGAGAAAGAGGACGAAGCCAGCCUUGCUGCUCGUCGCGAUCUCCGCGAGGAACGUGUCUUCACCAUUGACCCCACUGGUAGCAAGGAGCUCGACGACGCCAUGCACAUCAAGGAUUUGGGCAACGGUAAAGUGGAGCUCGGUAUCCACGUCACCGAUGUUGCUCAUUUUAUCAAGCCAAACUCGUUGGUCGAUCGCGAGGCUAAGAAGCGUGGUACUGGCGUAUACCUGAUGACGCGCGCGGUCAACAUGCUUCCUCCCAAGCUGACCUACGACGUUUGCUCUCUGGCCCCCGGGCAAGGCCGCCUGACGGUAUCCGUUAUUUUCCAAGUGGAGACUGCUACUGGAAACGUUGAAGGUGAGCCGUGGAUUGGCCGUACCAUCAUUCAAAGCUCUGGCAAGGUUAGCUACGAUGAUGUCGAUGCCAUUGUUAAGGGCAAUGGCAACGCUCAGCUGGAAGGUGCUACCCCUGAAGAUAUCAAAGUCCUCCACAGCGUUGCUACCAAGUUCCGCGAGGCUCGCUUUGGCAACAGAUCGACAAACAUCCCUCCUAUGCGGCUGAUCUAUCAGCUUGAUGAUGAGAAUGUUCCUGUUGAGCAGAAUAUCUUCAACUCUUCUGCCGCUCACGAGAUCCUUGAGGAGAUUGGUCACAAGGCCAAUGCGUUCGUUGCUCAGAAGCUCUUCACGGCUAUGCCUGACAAGGCUUUCCUUCGCCGCCAAUCGCCCCCUAACCCAAGACGUCUAAUUACUUUUGCCGAGCGCAUGAACAAAGCUGGCUUUGAGGUCGACCCUACCAGCAGUGGCACUCUUCAGAACAGUGUCUUCAAGGUUGAAGAUGUCGAUCUGCGCAAAGGCAUGGAAACCUUGCUCCUCAAGACUUUCCAGCGUGCCAAAUACUACAUCGGCGAGCAGGUGUCUGAGGAACAGCGCCAACACUACACCCUCAAUCUGCCUCUCUACACUCAUUUCAACAAUCCCACUCGUCGCUAUGCCGACAUUCUUGUCCACCGUCAACUUGAAGCUGCCCUGUCAGAUGGUGCCAUCGAGUUUGCUGAUGACCUCGAGUCCUUGGCCAAGACCGCCGAGCAAUGCAACAACAAGAAAGACUCUGCGCAGAGUGCUCAAGAGCAGAGUGUGCACAUAGAAUCGUGCCGCAUGAUGGACAAGAAGGCUCAGCAACUUGGCGGCGAUCUGAUCAGUGAGGGCAUUGUCAUUUGCGUGUACGAGUCGGCCUUUGAUGUCCUAAUUCCCGAAUAUGGCUUCGAGAAGCGUGUUCAUUGCGACCAGCUACCCUUGAAGAAGGCCGAGUUCCGCAAGGACGAGCGUGUUCUUGAGCUCUACUGGGAAAAGGGCGUUCCCUCGUCCGCCUACAUCCCUGAGGAUGAGCGUCCCCGUGGUUCUGCUAGCACUCGCGCUGCUGUCGACUCGGAGGCUGCCCGCGCGAGGGCCAAGGAACGGUACGAAGCUCAACGCAAGCAGACCGAUACCAAUACCAUCUCCAACGAUGACGUUGACGCGCUCUUCGAGUCGGACGAUGAACUUGCUGAGGCAACCGCCGGCGUCUCUCUCAAUUCGCACGACCGCCCAACCCAGAGCAUGCCCGGUUCGCCCGCCCGCAACGGUCUUACCGACCAGGCUCGAACUCAGUCUGACUCCAAGAUCGCCAAGCAUAGCAAUGCUCCGGAAACGGAACUCACUAAGCGAUACUUGAAGGACUUCAAGCUCCGUGAGGAAGGGGGCGAGCUUAUCCAAGACCUAACCGAAAUGACUCGGAUCCCCAUCAUCCUCAAGGUCAGCCUGGACAAGAGUCCUCCUUGCUUAACUAUCCGCUCAGUCAACCCCUACGCGCUGUGA